AUGGCACCCUUUAAGGCUUUGUAUGGGAGGAAGUGUAGAACGCCAUUGUGUUGGAGUGACCUAAGCAAAAGGGUUGUAUUGAGGCCCGAAAUGAUUGAGGAGAUGAUGAAUCAGAUUCGUAACAUCAAGGCUAAGAUGAAAGCGGCCCAAGACCGCCAGAAGAGCUAUGCCGACCUUUCUCGGAGAGAUGGGCAUUUUAAGGUGGGUGAUCAUGUAUUACUUAAGGUCUCACCGACGAAGGGUGUGAGGAGAUUCGGUAUUAAGGGAAAGUUGAGCCCGAGGUAUGUAGGGCCGUACGAGAUCAUCAAAAGGAUUGGAGAGGUGGCCUACAGGUUGGCCUUGCCGGAGACAUUGAAAAGGGUUCAUGAUGUUUUUCAUGUCUCUCAAUUGAGGAGAUAUGUGGCUGACCCAUCUCAUAUACUUCAACCGGAAGUCUUGGAUCUUCCGGAGGAUUUGGUGUACUCGGAGCAACCUAUUCAAAUUGUGGCCUUCAAAGUUAGAUCGACGCGGAACUGUGAGAUAAGGAUGGUGAAAGUAGUGUGGUCACAACAUGGGAUUGAAGAAGCGGCAUGGGAAACCGAGCAAAAAAUGCGAGGAAAGUAUCCAGAGUAG